UGCCCAGCGCUUGCAGGGACUAGGUCGGCUUGUUACGCAACUAUAAAUCUCGCUCUACCUUCCCACCCCACCUCGCCUCGCCUCACCUCACCUACUCGCUCCGAGAGGCCAGUAACAACCAUGUUAUCCGAGAGCGCCACUGCCUCUGUCCCCUUCGGGCCCAUCCCCGAAGAGGUAGCGAACCCCAGCUACCCCUCCGACCCUGCGCGUCAGUCUUUCGAGCGAUCACGUCCUGCUCGGCGGGAUCUCCAGUAUCUACAGACCAUGCGGCACAACAGCUACGCUUCCAACGUCUGGGGCUUUACCAUAUACCGCGCCGUCUUCGGCCCCGGCUCCGACGAGCGGUUUGCCGCGGGGCUAGCCCGCCUAGAGGCCUGGGUGCGCUUCAGUGUCCGGCAGUCGCGCUACAACCUUGCGAGCGAGCGGGCUUGGAAGAGGGUGCCGCAGUACAUGCCGCAGCCGGGAGACCGUGACGGGACCGAUGACCUAGCCGAGAGAUUGUGGAAUGAGGUCGUGGAGGACUACCCGGACAAGCUCGCCGUUCGCUCUGCCCCCGAGGGAGAAGAAGGGAGCGAGGAUUUCAGUCCCGUGGGUCGCGCUUUCGUCGCGUGGGUCAAAGGUCUCAACGUCGACACUUCGGGCCUCAACGUGCGCUACGACCACUGCCUGGUCCUUGACGAUGCUGCGCUGCGUUCUCUUGAGGAUCUGCCUGCUGAAUUGCCAGAGAUUAGGCCAAGACCCACGACUUACCCCGAGAGGUCCCAGUUCAAUAGAUUCCUGAGGAAUGCUUGGGUGUGGCUAUUGGACCGGGAAGAGAUGGAGUACCGCGAUCCAGACUCGCAGCGCGUGAAGCCGCUGAAGAAAGAGGACCAGCCGGACGCGCCGCCUUGGAUUCGCAUCCGGCUCAGCUUGCUAGACGACCUUUGGUUUCGCAGACCGCAGGGACAGACGCCAAGUCCCUGGUCCUGCUGCAUCGAAGAGGAUCGAGAUAAGUGGGAUCGCGUGUUCUGGUGGAAUUCGUCAGCGUCGACCCUCAACCAAGGGAGGAGGGGAGCUCGUGAGGACGCGGCCCGCAAGGCAGCGGCAGGAUCCCCAUGGAAUCCAGAACGGGACGGCCCCAGCUACUUUUAACACACGAGGCUUUUGGGAUCCUAUCUACUAGCUAGGUAGGUAAGGGAGGGGGCAGAUGGUUUCAAAGUUAAGGCUGUUGUCGGUUCCUGCCAUAGACCCCGUAGCAACUUAGAAACUAUUGUUGGACAAUUAUCUUAAGAGCUGUCGGCGAUACUAUUUACAAGUGGUUGCUAUUGGUUGUUGUUGUUGUGUAAUUCUUGCUGUUGCUGCUAUUGCUGCCAUUGUUGUGGCCGCUGUCGCUGCUGUUGCGGCCACUGCUGUUGCUGUCGCUCAGGGGGUUGUAAUUACUGCAUAGUAGAAAGGAUGUGCAGAUUGGCAACUAUGCAGUAAUAGGGUGAAUAUAUGUCGAGAGCCGGAGCCCUCGACGAAUAGCCUUCAAUGCAUCUACUUUGGAGUUCCCGAUCUUUUUGUGACUGGGGAACAGCGGGUGGGA